AUGGUACAGUCGCAAGAAGGGUCCGUGGAGUAUCCGGACAUGGAACCGGAUGACUUCGCUCGAUGUGUCGAGUACUCGUAUCGUUGCGAUUAUACUGCACCAUCUUGGACCUUGGAUGAGAGAAUUGUGAAGAACGACGAUACGAAAGGGGCCGCCGACGAUGUCGAAGUCCCUCCACCACCAGAACCAGAAACAGAAACAGAACCAGAAACAGUAGCAUACGAUGAUGUGAUCCCGGAUUCAUAUUGGGGGUUGAGCAAGGCUCAGAAAGUGAAAAAAAUGAAGGCGUGGCAAGAAGCAGCCGCAAAGGCCAACCAAGCGACUUCUAGUCUGCGCCAGAAUUUCCAAGGGCGCGAAUACCUCACACACAGUGAGCCAAAAACGGCAAUGCUCGACCGCUUCCAGCCGACAGAGAAUUCCGCACCAGAACAAGAUUUUACGCCCGUCUUCCUAGCGCACGCACGUCUCUAUACCUUCGCCUGCAUGCGCCUCAUCGACCCUCUCAAACGCCUGGCUCUACACAAGCUCCACCAAACCCUUCUCAAGUUCAAGCUCUACGAUCGACGAGUAGGCGAUGUGGUUGAGUUGGCUAGAUACGCGUACGACAAUGGGGAGGACAGGAAGCCUGAUGGAACCAUCGAGGAUCUCAGAAAGCUGGUGGUGGAGUACAUAGCCUGUGAAGUGUCGACCAUCGGGAAGCAUGAAGCGUUUGCUCCUCUACUGCAAGAGGGCGGAGAGUUUGUGGUGGAUUUCUGGCGUAUCAUCGCUAAGGAGCAUCUGUCUUUGUAG